AUGGGACACCUGAUCACUCUCGCAACCUCUUUGAAUCAGUGGGCUCUGGACUUCCAGGGAAACUUGGAUCGGAUCCUAGCAAGCAUCGCGAUCGCGAAGGAACGCGGCGCAACGUUGAGAGUUGGACCAGAACUUGAAGUACCAGGUUAUGGGUGCCUUGACCACUUUCUGGAAGGCGAUACUGUGCUGCACUCUUGGGAAGUUCUGGCCAAGAUCCUUGCAUCUGAAGACGUAACAGAUAUUGUUUGCGACAUUGGAAUGCCUGUCACUCACAAGAACGUCAUCUAUAACUGUCGAGUCAUCAUUCACGACAAGAAAAUCCUCAUGAUUCGACCAAAGAUGUGGCUUGCUAAUGACGGCAAUUAUCGUGAAUUGAGAUUUUUCGCGCCAUGGCAGAAACAUCGUCAAUGGGAAGAUCAUUACCUACCGCGCAUCAUCCAAGCUGUGACGGGCCAGAUCAAAGUCCCUUUCGGUGAUUGCGUCAUUAGUACUGUCGAUACGUGCAUAGGUGUGGAGCUAUGUGAGGAACUGUUCACUCCAGCGAGCCCUCACAUCCUCAUGGGCCUUGAUGGGGUUGAGAUAUUUACGAACUCGAGCGGAAGUCAUCAUGAACUACGAAAGCUCCACACUCGAGUCGAUCUAAUCAAGGAAGCAACUCAAAAGCUCGGAGGUGUAUAUUUGUAUGCUAACCAACAAGGCUGCGAUGGAGAUAGGCUUUAUUACGAUGGGUGCGCGAUGAUAGCCUUGAACGGGCGCAUCAUAGCCCAGGGGUCGCAGUUUUCUUUGAACGACGUAGAAGUUGUCUCAGCGACUAUAGACAUCGAAGACGUACGCGCACAUAGAGCGAGAAGCAGCCGAAACAUGCAGGCUGCUGGUGCGGAACGGUAUCAUCGUAUUGAAGCACCAAUAGCGCUGUCUGGCGGGAAGUUCAAUGAGAUAGAAGAGUAUAACAAGGCGCAGACCUUUCAAGUAAGAUUUCACAGACCGGAAGAAGAAAUUGCUCUCGGCCCUGCGUGCUGGCUCUGGGAUUAUUUACGCCGUUCAAGAACACAGGGCUAUUUUGUACCCCUCAGCGGUGGUAUUGAUAGCUGUGCAACCGCCGUGAUUGUGUACUCGAUGUGUCGUCUUGUAGCUGAUGCAGCACAGAGGGCAGACAAACAGGUGAUUCAAGAUGCCAGGCGUAUCGUAGGCGAGCCAGACGAUUCUGGCUACAUCCCCUCAGACCCGAAAGAAUUCUGUGGCCGCAUUUUCCAUACUUGUUAUAUGGGCACUGAGAACUCUAGCGCAGACACACGCCGUCGUGCCAAGGAGCUCUCAGAAGCCAUCGGGAGCUAUCAUAUUGAUUUGAACAUGGAUACCAUCGUCACAGCAGUUCGGAAUUUAUUCUCCUUUGUCACUGGGGUGAAACCUCAAUUCCGCGCUCACGGAGGAUCCAACGCUGAGAACCUUGCGCUGCAAAACAUCCAAGCGCGGCUUCGUAUGGUCUUAGCAUACAUGUUCGCACAGCUGUUGCCUUGGGUUAGGGGUAAGGCUGGAGGACUGCUUGUUUUGGGGAGUGCAAAUGUAGAUGAGAGCUUGCGAGGCUACUUGACGAAGUACGAUUGUUCCUCGGCGGAUAUAAACCCGAUUGGUGGUAUCAGUAAGACGGACCUCAAAAAGUUCAUUGCGUAUGCGCAGGACACGUUCGAUUUACCUAUUUUGGCGAGUUUCUUGGACGCUGUCCCGACAGCAGAGCUCGAACCUAUCACAGAGACCUAUGUCCAAGCAGAUGAGGCCGACAUGGGAAUGACAUACGACGAGCUUUCUGUAUUCGGCAGACUACGGAAAGUUGAGAAAUGUGGACCGUACAGCACGUUCACCAAGCUUGUCCACGAAUGGGGAUCGUUCUUGUCUCCGACCCAGAUUGCCGAGAAAGUCAAGCUCUUCUACUUCGAAUACGCCCGUAACCGUCAUAAAAUGACUACAUUAACGCCUUCAUAUCACGCAGAAUCUUACAGCCCAGAUGACAAUCGCUUCGAUUUACGCCCAUUCUUAUACCCUUCCCGGUUCCCGUGGCAAUUCAAGAAGAUCGACGAUAUCGCAGCUGUCCUUCCCGACAGAUCGGGCAAGGAGGAAAAGGCAAAGGAAGGAUAAAGGCGAGCGAAAUCGUUCAGCAGAGAUGUAUUGGGCAUGUACGAUGUGGAGAGAAAUUAAAGCGAAAAAAUGAAUCCAUGAAUGGGGUCCGUCUAAAAGUUCGGAAGAUCAGGGAAUGUACAAAUACAGAUGACGUGUCCGGGAUAAGUUACACACAGCAGUCGACAGAGAAAGUAGGAAUUCCGACACUGAUGUUAUGAUGCUGUGCGGAGGAAUCGAGAGAACGUGCUUUGAAUGGCGAUCUUCUUCAUGAUGGUUGGUUCCUCAGGAUCGGUCAGAUUUUCAUCCUUGACCUUGCGCUUGAUGCUGUCCAUCACCUCCCCAACCGCCGACCGAUCUAGAUCACCGCGAGCCUUCAUCAGGCCCUCUACGAAGGCGAUGUUUGGUCCGUGCACUUUCGCGAACGACCAGAACGAUAGGAAGACCAGGCUCUUCGAGGCUUCGAGCAAAGCCAGGAUCAUCUCUACGACUUCAAAAUACGACUCGAGUUCCUUUGCAGGCUUGAGCGUGCUGAAGAACGAAAAUGCUUCGCUGACGUCCUCUUUGAUCCGGUUCGUCGCCGCAGGUAUCUUUAGUUUUGGUGUGUUAGCGAGUGCUGUCAGAUAAGACACCAAGAAUGUAUCGAGGAGGUCUUCGACGAGGAGCUCGAGGAGCGACGAAUUGAGGUAGGUCUGAUAGUCCGUCAUAUAGUCCCGCAUCGUCUCCACGAUUUGCCGCGUGAUGCCGUCGUACCAGGUAGCCUGGAAUAGUUGUUUCGACGCGGGCUUGAGGUCGUUGAAGAUGAUAUCGAUGAGUGUUUGAGUACAUUUCUUCGCGACAUCGAGAUAGCCAUCAAUGGCAUCGUUCAGUCGCUCGUUGAUCGUGACUCGGUAUUUUUCUGACACCAGAGGCUCGAUUCGAGCAGAGAGCGCCUCUGCAUAGUCAGCAGACUUGAUCUGAUCGUUCGCCAGAGCAAUAAUAUACUCGACAAGGCCACCGGGAACCUCCUCCGGUUUCUCCGUGUGCUUUUUGUAUUCGGCCUCAAUGAGUUUCGUCCACUGGUCUUGGAUACCCCGCAUGACCCGGUUGACUUCCGUGAUAAC